AUGGUAAGGUCUAAUUUAAACGUAUAUGAUAAGUUAGAUAGAAUUGUGUCAGAUGUAUUACAAAAUAUGGAUGAAGAAUAUAAGAAUGGAGGAUCUGAUGAAAAGGUGUAUUUAAAAUUUUAUGAAUUAUUUUACAAGGAGAGUUAUAUAGAGAAGUUAAAUUAUAAUGAUUUAAUAAAUACUUUUAAAGAUAAGAAUAUACAUAAGUAUUUAUUUUAUAUGUUUGAAUGUGUAUUGAAUAAAGUAUCUUUAAAGAAUAAUAUGAAAUAUGUCGAUUUUUUGUUUAUUAUUUUAAGAUAUAUAACUUAUUUUUGGUUUUAUUUAUCUGAAGAUAACAAAUUAAUAUUAAUAUCUUAUUAUUAUUCUAAACUUAUAGAUUUGUUAUAUAAUUUAAAAUUAAAGAAAAGUGCCUUAUUAAUUAAUAUGUAUAACAUUCUUAUAUAUUUCUAUAUAAAAGAUAAAAAGAAAGUUAUUUUUGAAAUAAAAAAAAUUAAAGAAAAUGAUGCAUCUACACACAUAAAAAAUUUGAUAUUAGAGUUAAAUAAAAUAUUAAUAUAUGAACAAGUUAAACUUAUUACAAAAAUAGCGAAAGAAUAUUAUAUAGAUUGUCUCAAUGAAGAUAUAGAAAAGAAACUAUCGAAAUUAAUAUUAGCAGAAGAAGAUAUGAAUAAUUUUAUAAAGGAGUGUAAUUUGUAUAACUAUAUAUGGGUGUGUGAUGAAAAAAUUAGAUAUAAUAAUAAUGAUAAAUGUAAUAAUAAUAUAUGUAAUAAUGAUAAAUGCAAUAGUGAUGUGUAUAAUAAUAAAAUACAAACUAAUGUGACAAAAAAAAAAAAAAAGGAAGAAAAUUAUUUUUCUUUUUUCAUAAAAUAUAAAAAUAAGAAUGAUAUAGAAAUGUUCAUUAAUUGUCAUCCAUUUUCAAUUAAUAGCAGUUACAAAAUGUUCUUAAAUUUUUUAAAAAACUUUUUUAAAAUAAUAAUUGAUGACUUUGAUACAUUUUUUUUUUUUUUAAAUUUAUUCUAUUUAGAAUUCUUUUUGAUAUAUUGCCAUUUUUUUGAAAUAAUUUAUUUUAUUCAUUUGUCCAACCAUGAAAAAAAUUACAACAAUAUGGACACAAAUAAUAUAAAUUUGAAUAGUAUAGAUAUAAAUAAUAUAAACUCGAGUAAUAUAGAUAUGAAUAAUAUAAACUCGAGUAAUAUAGAUAUGAAUAAUAUAAACUCGAGUGGUAUAGAUAUGAAUAAUAUAAAAUCGAGUAGUAUAGAUAUAAAUAAUAUGUAUGAUCUUCAAAAAAAGUAUAACUCAAAAAAUAUAUAUAAAGAUACCAAGUUUACUUCAGUGAAUGUGUGUGCUAACAAUGUUGCUACGACAUAUGAUGAAUGUAUUUUUUUAAAUAAUAAUAAACAAAAUAAAAGGAUAAUUUGGAAUAUUAUUUUUGAUGCUUUAAAAAAGAAAUUUAUUUCAGAUGUAAAAAAUGUGAAUUAUGUUUUAAAAAUAUUUAAAUAUACUUUUAGUUUUUUUUCUUUUCAAAAGAAUUUAUAUUUAAAGAGAGAUAAUAGAACAUAUAUAGAUAAUUAUAUACAUAAUAUGUUAUAUAACUUUAGAUAUAUAUCAUCUAUAUAUUUAAAAGAGUUAUUGAAAUUUUGUCUUUCAUUUAUUACAAAUAUAUUAUAUUCAAAACAUUUAACUGAGGAAAUAAUUUUUAAAUCUAUUUCUUAUAUAUUUCAUCUUUUGUCUAAAUUGUUAUGUAAUACUAAUAAUGAUAUUAAAGAAUUCAUUUUAUGUAAUACUGACAAUAAUAUAGUGUUAAUUUCUAUUAUUACACAUAUAUAUAAAUAUUUUAAAAAGUUAUAUUUUAGUAAGAAUAAUGAGGAUGUUGAAAUUAGUAAAUCAAAAAAUCCCAAGAAUAAUAAUGUGGGUGUGGAGAAAUUAAAAUAUUCCUUUAUAACACAAGACAAGGUUUAUCAAAAAAUACAGGAAUGUUUGUAUAUCGUAUUAACAAUUGAUGAACAUGUUGAAUGUUAUACAAGAGAAUGUAUAAUUCCCAAGAAUAUACAUAAAGAAAAUAGUCAUAAGAAUUAUAGUAAUUAUUCUUAUCAUGAUAAAAAUAACGUUAAUGUUGGGAAUAACCCUUGUGAUAACCCUAAAAAUAAUUUUACUGAUAACUUCUACAUUUGUGUUAUUAUAAAAAUGAAUAAAAUGAAUAUGUUUUAUUCAAACAUGGAUAUUAUUAAAGUAAUAUCUGAAAAAGAUAAAAACGUUUUUAGGAAAUUCAUUUAUACCAUAAAUAAAAAUCAUGAGAAUUUUAUAAAUUUCUUUUCCUAUAUAUUAAAUAUAAAUUAUAAAGGAAAUGAGGAUGAUUUUAUUUUAAAAAAAUAUAUUUUAAAUUUAAAAAGAAAAAAUGAAGAUUAUAAUAAAGAUAAAAAAUUGAUAAAUGUUAUGAAACCAUAUCAUUCUCCUUUAAAAUAUAUUUUUUUAAAGAAUGAAAUACAACAAAAAGGAAAUAUGUACAAUGAAAGUUAUGAUAAUUAUUGUAAUGGAGUUUCAUCAUCUGAGGAAAUACAGGAUGAAGAAAAAGCCAAGAAAAAAAAAAAAAAAAAAAAGGAUAAUAAUAUAAAUAAUAUAAAUAAUGACAACAAUAAUAAUAACAACAAUAAUAAUAACAAUAAUAAUAAUAACAAUAAUAAUAAUAACAACAACAACAACAACAACAACAACAACAAUAAUAAUAAUAAUAAUAGUAGUUGUAAUGGUUAUGAUAAGUCUUAUCAUUACAAUUUCUAUAAUCAUGAUAUGUCGUGGAAUGAUAAUAAUUAUGAUAAUAUUCAUUUUUAUAAUCAUUUUGAUGAUAAGAAUGAAAAGAAAAGAGAUGAUAUGCCAAUAUUUGAAAAUUCAAGGUUUUAUAUAAAUACAAAGAUAAUGAAAAAUAUCCAUGUAGAUUUUAAAAAUGUAUGUCAUACAAUAAUUUUGUGUGUAAAGAGAUGUAUACAAAUAUCAGAUAAUAUAUUUAAUCAUUUUGAAAAGAAUAAAAAUUUAGAAGCCAAUUUUAAUAUUUAUGUAUGUAAAAAUAUACUUAUUAAUUUUUUAAAAUGUUGUUUAUUAAAUAUAAGUUUAUCUUCAUAUUUGUGCGUGAAAUUAAAUUAUGAUUAUAUUUUAAAAGAGAUAUGCGAAUCGAAUUUAGUUGAAUAUGUUUAUAAUAUAUAUGAUAAAUAUGUUUGUUUUAUAUUAAAUCAGAAUGUAAAAAACUUAAAUGAUCAUAAACACCUCUUACAAUUUAAUAUAAGAAAUGAAAAUAAAAGGAGAUCAAAUGUUGAUAAUAAAAAGGUAUAUAAUAAUAGUAGUAAUAAUAGUAAUAUUUGUAGUAGUGGGGUGGUCAAGGAAUCGUCAUUAUAUAACAAUUUAUGCCUUGAUGAUAUAUAUGAUAUUUUAAGAAAUAAAAAAGAUACACAUGAAAAUUCAAAUAAUAACCAAGGUGAUAUUAAUCAUCCUAAUAAUAAAUAUAAAAAUGAUAAGGAUUCAAAUGAUUAUUAUGAUUGUCAAUAUAGUACUUUUUUUAUUUCUGAUAAUACUCCAUUUGUUGAAACAUUGUAUUCAAAUUGCUUUUUAAUUAUGAUAAACGUUUUAUUCAUUUGGGAAAUGUAUCUAGAAAUACCAUUAGAAAUUCUGAAUAAAAUGAGAUACAGUUUUUUUGAACUUUUUUAUAAUACUACCAUUAAAAUUUUAAAAUUUAUCAAAACUGAUAAAGGUUUUUUAUUUCUUUUGAAUAUUUUAAAAUUUAUUUAUACAAAAUUUAUAAGCUUACCAUUCAAUCCUAUUGAUAUUCAUACAAACUUUAAAAUGUAUGAUUUUUAUGAAUUUCUCAUAAGUAAUAAACAAGAUAGUAAUAUAAAUAAUCAUCUUAAUAAUAACACUCCACAUCAUCAUCUUAAUAAUACUUACUAUUAUGGCUGUCUUGAUAUCGAAAAGAAAGAAGAUGAUAAAUUCAAUCAAGAUAGUUUGUUUAUGAAUUCAGUAAGUCCAUUGAAAUUUGUUCAUAAUAAUAAAGAAGAAGAAUAUAAUGAGGAGAAAUCAAAAAAUGAUAGUACUAACAAUAUCAUUAAAUAUAAACAUACUAAUGGGGAAUUCAAUGAAUACUGUAAUUAUAAUAUGUUAAGUGUUAAUAAGAAAAAGAGAAUAAGUAUUGGAGGACUUGUUCCUAUAUUUCUAACUAGCCAAAAUAGGAAUGAGAAAAAAAGCAAAAGAAAAACUAUGAUUGAUUAUGUAUCUUAUAAUAAAAUGGAAAAUGAUUCAUUUAUAGAUGAUGCAAAUAUAAGAGAGAAAAAAAAAAGAAAUACCUUAACAUAUGAUGAGAGCUCCUUUGUGAAUCAUAUAGAUAAUGAUCAUAAAGUAAAUUACGAUUUUUAUAAUAAAAAUGAUAAUGAAACUCCAAAAAAUAAUUAUGAUAACAAUAAAGAUAUGUUAUCAAGUGAAAAUAUAAAAGAAAAGAAAGAUGAUAAUGAAGAUGAUAAUGUUAAUAAUAAUAAUAAUGAUAAUAAUAAUAAUAAUAAUAAUAAUGAUAAUAAUAAUAAUAAUAAUAUGAAGAAUAAAAUGAGAAAUACCUAUUUAAAAAAUUAUUAUAUUCCUCAUAUAGAUUUAUUAUUUAUUAUUAUAGAUUUAGAAGUAUAUUAUUAUUAUGGAAAGAAGAAAUAUAAAAAAGUAAUUUUUAUUGUAGAAACCGUAUUUAGAAAUAUUAUAAAUAAGUGUGACUAUAAUACUAAAGAAUAUUUAAGGUCAUCUAUUUCAUUUAUUUAUAAUUAUUAUCAACAAAUACAUAUAAAAAGUAAUAAGAAUAAUAUACAGAGUUGUGGGAUUAUUAGACAUAUAUGUAAUUUAUAUUUUAAAUCAAAAAUAUUUUAUUUAAACAAAAAAAUUAAAAAAAUGUUAUCAUAUUAUAAGGAAAAAUGUAGUAAUAUAGAUUCAUUGAAAUUAAAUUAUAAUGAAAUGUAUGAUGUAUUUUUUAAUAGUUUGAAAUGGAAAUAUUUUUUUUAUUUUAAAAAAAAUGUGAAUUCUGAACAUUUUUAUGAUAACGAAAAGUAUAAGAAUUAUGACAAUUGUGAUCAUUUCCAUAACAAUAUUUUGUUGGAGAUGAAGAAAAUGGAAAGUAUGAUACUUAUUGAUGAGUUAUUAAGUAUACACAUUAAUAUUUUACUAUUUCUUAUAUUGUAUGAAUAUAUUUGUAAAUAUACAAACAUACAUUUUGUUUUUUAUUUUCGAUUUAUAUAUUUAUUUUUUAAUAAAGUGUGUAUUGAUAUUUUAAAUAUAAUUAAUUGUUCCAAUCAUGUAGAAUUUUUUAAUCUCUUUGAUUUUAUAUAUCAUUAUACAUAUAAUGAUGAUAUAAAUAUUUAUGCUGUACAGAAAUUAAAAAAUGCCUUGACAAAAAUUAAUGAACAUAAAAUCUUAAAGAAUGAUAUUAUACAUAUUCCAUAUAAAUUUAAUAGUUCUAUUGAAAAAGUUAAUGAAAAGAAAAGUAUAACAUAUCAUCAUGAAAAAAAAAAAAAAAUUAUUAUAAUUGAUAUUGAAGAAUUGUUAGUUACUUAUGUACAAAUGAAUUUUAUUUUCUGUCGAAUUUGUUGUAUUUUUCUUUUCUUUCAAAAUAUGUGUUUUCAUAAAUAUGAUUUAAUUAAUAAAGAAUGUAAAGUAAAGGAAUAUAUGAAAUUAUUUAGAAGUAAUAGAAACAUUUUUGAUGCUUCGAGAGUUAAAAAUGAUGAAGAUGAAUAUUUAAAAAGUGAAGCUAUAAAUAAUAACAUUGAUGAAAAUAGUAAUAUGAACAUAUAUAAUACUUCUGAUUAUUAUGAAACAAAUAAAUUAGGUACAAAUUACCUUAUCCCCUUUGAUAACAAAUCAAGUGAUUGUAAUAAAUAUGACACUGAUGUGUCUGUUUCUUGUAUAUCUGAAAAUAGCUUUAUUUUAGAUGAAUGUUCAUCAUAUGAUAGUAAGAAAGAUUAUAUAAUUUUAGAAUUCAUCAUAGAGAAAAUUGAAGAAAUAAAUAUUGCUCUAAUAUAUACAAACAUGUUAAAAAAUUGUUAUUAUAUAAUAAAAGUAGAAAUGUUAUAUAAUUAUAUUUAUAAUAACAUUGAAAUAUUAAAAAGAUUUUCUUAUCUAAAUAAUGCCUAUUAUUUAUAUAAGUUGUAUUAUAAUAUGUUCGUUUGGGGUAAUAAAAAUCAUUUUGAUGACUUAAAAGAUAUAAAUAAAAAGGAGAAGCAAAAAUAUAUGAACGGUUAUAGUCAAGAUGAUAUGAAUGGUAUUUCUCUCAAAGGUUAUAGUAAUAAUUACACAUCAAAAAAUAAUGAUAUUGAUGACAUGUCACAAAAUAAUGAUAAAACCGUUUCUCCAAAAAAUAACAUAAGUAAUAAGUAUCAUAAAUGCUAUCACAUUUUUCAUAUCUUAACACUAAAUCAAAGAUUAAAAGAAAAGAUGAAUGCACGUUAUAUAAAAUUAAAGUUUUAUGAUAACUCUGAUUUGUUUACUACAUAUAAUGAUGACAUUGUGAAAAAUCAAAAUGAUUCAUAUGAAUGUACAAAUGAAAAUAUAAUGAAAAAUAAUAAUACAUGUGAUGAUUGUUUUUGUAAAUCUUCUUUUGAUAAAUGUAAUUCCUAUUUUUCAUGUAAUAUAUAUAAUUUUAAUUUAAAUUUAUUUCAUCCCCUUAAUAUUAGAAAAAAGCGAAAAAUACAAAUUUAUGAAAAUCAUACCAACAGGAACCCUUUUAUUAGUUCUCAAGUUAUUAAUAAUAAGUAUUUAAUGAAUUUAAAUAAAAAGUAUAAUAAGAUUAAAAAAUAUAUAAUGAAUUAUAUCAUAUCAACCUAUUUUAUAAUAUUAUGUUUUUAUUUUAAUGAAUAUAAUAUAGAAGAACAUAAUCUAUCCUUUUAUUUUAUUCUUCAUUUAUUUCAAACAAAAUUUCAUGUUUUUAAUAAUAAUUUUUUUUUAAAUAUAGAUAAUAGAUAUGAGUCAUUAAAUGAAAAUAUGUACAGUCCAAAACAUGAUAUAACGAAGGAAAAUAAAAGUAGAGAAAAAAAUUUUAUAUAUUUACAACAGUGUAAGUAUAAAAUAUAUACAGAAUAUGAAUUGAAGAAUAAUAUUUAUCUUAUAUUCGAAAUUUUAAAUAAUAUAUAUGAUGUAUAUUAUGGAAACAUAUUUGAGGAUAUAUCAGUUCAUAAUAGCAUUGAGAUAAAUAUUGAUUUAAAUUUUAUAACUUAUUUGAGCGAAAUAUAUAAUAUUUUAUUUUUCUAUAAAAUGUAUAAGGAAUGUGUACAUAUAUUAUUGUUAUGUAUUAUGUGUACUUCUAAGUUUUUUUGUUUAUAUAUAUUUAAUGAGAAAGAUGUAUAUAAAGAGGAAACUUCAUUAGAUUUUGUUGAUAAGGAAAAUUUAAAAAGUAAAAUUAUACACAUUACGAAAAAGAGAAAUACACAUAUAAAUAUUAAUAUUAAUGCAGAAGAUAAUACACAUCUUAGUAGUAAUAAGGUUGAGUAUGAUUAUUAUUAUUAUUAUUAUAAUGAUGUUAUGUGCAAACAAAAAGAUAAGGAAUCAAAAAAUAUAAUCAAGGGGUCUCAAAAAUGUGAAGAAGUGAAAAGGAUAGUAUAUCAAGACGAAAAGGUAUUAGAAAAUAAUAAUAUGAAUGAAAGAGAAUUUUAUGAGUAUGAAAAAUUUAAUAUGCCUUUUUAUGAUAUUAACUCAAAAAAUAACAAUAAUGAUAAUAAUAAUAAUAAUAAUAAUAAUAAUAAUAAUAAUAAUAAUAAUAAGAGUAAAAGUAAAUGUAAAAGUAAAAUGAAAAGUAAAAAGGAAAAGACAAAUAUAUAUAAUAUAAAGAAAAAUAGAAUAAUACACAUUUUAAAUAUAAUAUAUAAUAAAAUAACAUAUAAUGUAAAUGAUAUGAAUGUUAAAGAAAUAUAUAUCAAUUUACAUAAUUAUAUGCAGAACUUAAUAAUAUGUAUAUCCCUUUUUUAUUCUAUAUAUAUAUGUCUUGAAAAAUUAUGUAAAAAAGAAUAUAAUAUUAUUUUCUUUAAUUGUGCUAAUAAUAUUUAUAAUUAUUAUAUUGAAUUUUAUCAAUAUAUUAAAAAAUUUUGUAAAACAUAUUGUAAAGAAAAAAUGUAUAUGUCUACUUUCUUUUUUGAUAAUUUCAAUUUAAAAAUAAUUAAUCUGAGAAUUCUGUGCAUUAUAAAAGAAAAGGAGAUAUACAUAAAAAGAAAAGAAAAAAAUAUAAGUAAGGGUAUGAAAAAUGAUGAAAUAAUAAAUAAUAAUAAUAAUAAAAACAAAAACCAUAACAAUAACAAUAAUAAUAAUAAAAACAAAAACCAUAACAAUAACAAUAAUAAUAAUGAUAAUAAUACGAAUGAAUAUCCUGUGAGUAAGAUGUGUUUACCUAAUAUUCUUCCAGAAAACAUGUCAUUCAGUUAUAUAAAAGAACAAAAUGAUCAAAGCAAUAAUCCAAAUGAAGAUUCACGUAUUGUAUUAUUUCGUACAGAAUUUUAUUCAAAGUUUUCUUAUUUAUUAUUUGAUAUGAGGGGAAAUGUUUUUAAAGAUUGUAUGAUUAUGAUAAGAAAUAUUGAAAGUAGAUAUAAAAAUGAUUGUAAUUUUAUUUUUCGGAAUAAUCUUGAACUAUACUUUAACAUUGUUAAAUAUUUAUACGAAAAUAAUAAAGAUCAAUAUAUAGGAUUAUUUUUAUUUUUUCAUGGUUAUAUUAUAUAUGAACUAGAAGAUAAGAAAAUUAAUAUGAUGAAAAAUUUUUGUUCUUUUAAUAUAUCAUGUAAUUUUUUCUGUUUAAAAUUUGAACAACGUUCAUAUGAUUUUGAUAUCGAAGGAUUAUCAUAUGUAUCAAAGAAUGAUUCUAUUGAUGAUAUAAAACUAAGAAAUAAGUUAAUUUUAAUGAAUACCGAAAAUCUUUAUUGUAAUGGUUUUUUAAGAACAGAUUUUUUUUCUAUAACCAAAUUUUUUAAUAUAUAUAUUAAAAAUAUAUACAAAAUAUUCUUUAAAUUAAAUAAUUUUUUUUCAAGCUAUUUCUUUUUAAAAGAAUUUAUUAUAUAUAUAUCUAGUAUUUUAUAUUUACCAGAAAUGGUUCAUAUUUAUAUUUAUUUAAUAAAUAUUAUAUUAACAAGUGGAAAGGAAAGAAUUGAAAUAUUAACACAAGAAGAAUUAUUUUUUGAAAACUUAAAUAAUGAAUUUAAUAUAUUUGAAAAAAAGAAGUUUGAUCAUAUAAAUAAAUAUGAUGUAUAUAAUAAAGAUGUUAAAAUUUAUAAACAAAAUGAUUUUACAGAUAUUAAUUAUGAUAAGACACCACUUAAUACAUAUAUAACAAAUAAAUAUAUAUAUGAAUACAAAAAAGUAUUGAAUGAAUUUUUUCUAUAUUUAAAUUAUUUAAUAUCAAAUAAACAAAAUAUGAAUAUAUUAACUCCUAAAUAUAGAAAAGAAAUUCUUUACAUUUAUUCAUUGUUCAUUUUAAAAAAAAAACAAAAGCAAUAUUAUUAUUAUGUUAUGAAAAAUAGAAAAUUGGAAACAAAAAAUAUGUUCAUAGACAAUUUACAAAAUAUUAGUCACCUAGAAGGAGAAGAUAAAAACAUUAGUGGUGAUAAUAUAAAGACAACAAAUAUAUUAUAUAAUACAAUACAUACGAAAAAUAUAUCAGAGGAUAAUAAUAAAAAAGAAAGAAGUAAUAUUAUAUCAUCAGUUGUAAAUUAUGAAUUUAAUGAUGAUGAUAAUAAUAAUAUAGAGAAUGAUGAAUUAUAUAAUAGUAAUAUGGAUGAUAUUAAUAAGUUUGGAAAAAAUUUCUUACAGUGCUUUAAUGAAUGUAAUAAAAUUAGAAAGAAUGAAAAUAUAUGUUUUCAAUUUUUUGUUGAAAAUUUAUUUCUUGGACAUAAUAUGGAUACAGACAUAUAUAAUGUAUCUAUAAAUGAUGAAGAAAGUGUAACAACAAUUUUAAAAAAUAUGAUACUUGAUGAUAUAAGUAAGAUUAAUAUAAAUGAAAAGAUGAAUAAUAGGGAUGUAGAUUAUAUAAAAGAGGAUGUUGAGACACACAUAAAAAAUACACAUAAUAAUAUAUAUAAUAAUAUGCGUGAUACUAAUAAUUGUAAUGAUCAUAUUACAUAUGAGAAAGAAAAAAACAACUCUACACAUUUUGAUAAUCCAUAUUAUGAUAAAAAUAAUAAGUUCAAUAUAUACAACCUAUUUAAUGAUAUAUAUUAUUUUAAUGAAGAUGAUAUAGAAUUAAAUUCAAGUGAUUUUAAGCUUAUGGAUAUUUCAGUAUUAAAUUAUUUACAUUUAAACUAUGAUUUUGAAAAUAAUUUAAAAUAUAUAUAUAAUUAUAUUAAUAAUAGAUUAUUUGUUUAUAAUUGUAAAAAGAUGAAUUCAUAUUUUAUUAAAAUAUUGUAUUAUUAUAUAAACCUAGUAUUUUUAAAAAUAAAAAAUAUUUUUUGUGAUGACUGUAUAUAUGUCAUUAAAAAACAACAAUCUUUAAACUCAUCUGCAAAUGAUUGUUGUUCUAAUAUAUUUUUUCUAUUAUAUGUGAGACUAUUAUAUAAUUUAAAAAUACCAAAGGAUAUAUUACAUGAAAUAUGUUCGAAUUAUUUCCCAGGAAAUAAGUGUAAAAAAUAUAUAGACCUUUUAUGGAACAAGCAAAAAUUUGGAAAUGUACUAAAUAAUGAGUGCGAUUAUAAUAAAAUAAAAAUGGUGGUUCAAAAAGGUGGUAUUAAGAAAACGGAAAAAAGUCCUCAAGGAUAUGAUACACACAAUAAUGAUAAUAAUAAUAAUAAUAAUAAUAAUGACUGUGGUUAUUUUUGUAAUACUGGAGAUAAUAAUUUUAAUUGUAAAAAUUGUUGUCAACCCAAUCCAGAUAUAUUAUUCUUAUAUUUAGUAGAAAUAUUUUUAUUUCCUGAUAAAGAUUGUAGUUAUUUUGAAGUGCUUAGUACAUGUUAUCAAUUUAUAAUAAAUAUAAAACGAGGUAGAGAAAAUGUAUAUAUAAAAGAUGAAAUGUUAAAAAGGAUGUAUGAAAUAUUAAAAAAUAUACUUUUAAAACAAAAUUAUGAAAAUAUUUAUUAUUUUCAAAUUAUUCUAAUAUAUACUUCAUUAUUAUUAUACAACACUCACAUGAAAUCGUUAGUAUAUGAAAUGAGGAUAAUAGCUCAAUUUUAUUUAGAUUUUAUAUUUUUUUUUAUAGAAAAUAUAAAAAAUAAUUUGAUUAUUUUGGAUAUAAUAAAAUCGUACGCUACUGAUCAGAAUGAUGUGUGUGAUAUGGAGAAAAAUAAUAAUAUCAUGAGUGAUCAGAAAAAAGAAGAAAAAAAGAAAAAUAAUAAUAAUGAUAAUAAUAAAAAUGAAAAUAAUAAUAAUAAUAAUAAAAAUGAAAAUAAUAAUAAUAAUAAAAAUGAAAAUAAUAAUAAUAAUAAAAAUGAAAAUAAUAAUAAUAAUUAUGAUAAUAAUUAUAAUAAUUUUUAUAAUGAUGAACAAAAUAUAUUUUUUUACUUAUUAAAAUGCUAUUUCAGAAAAAUGAUAUCAUUAUUGUAUUUAUAUACAGACGAGUUAAUAUUGUAUACUAUUAAACAUAACAUCGAUUUCGAAAUAAACGAAAGAGAAUAUUUUAGAAAGAAUGUAUGUACGAGUAUAAAUUCAGAUAUUAUAUAUAAAUAUAUGAAUGUUAAAGAAGUGAAACUAAGUAAUUUAUGUAUUUAUUGGGACUAUACAAUUAUUUCUGUAAGUCAAGAUAAAAAUAGUUUAUAUAUAUCACGAUGUUAUAAAAAUUUUCUAUUAAUAUUAGCUCAAAUGUUUAAAAUAUAUCAUGAAAAUGAACUGAUUAAUAGGAUAUUUUCAACUGAUUUUUAUAAUAUGGACAUAGUAAAUGAUAUAAACGAAUUAUCGUUUAUUAUAAAUAAUCAGGACCAACACAUAUAUAAUAAUAUAAAAAAUAAUAAUAAUAAUAAUAAUAAUAAUAUAAAUAAUAAUAAUAAUAAUAAUUCUAUUAGUAUUAUUAGUAGUAGUAGUACCAUGAAUAAUAAUAAUGAUAGUAAUUGUAAUAAACUCAAAUCCUAUUAUAACUUGUUUAACAUUCUAAAUAAUAACGACUUGUUAGAAAAACACUUUGAUUCAAUGUUUGAUACUUAUGUUAUUAAAAGUAAUAUAAGAGAAUGGUUAAAUGAUAACUUGUAUUAUUCAACGAAGGAUAUCGAAAUGAAUAAACAAGGAUAUACACACAAAAAGAACUCAGCCUGUAAUUAUAAUAAGUUAUUAAAUAAACAUAAUAUAAACGAAAUAAAAAAUGGAGAAUAUAUUGCAUGUCCUGAAAAUUGUGACAUCUUAAAAGGUGAUGAAAAAUCUUUAUUCAUAUCACAAUUAAAUCAUUAUAAAAAAGAAAAUUUUUUUUAUAAUUUCAAUAUAUAUGACGUAAUCAAUGUUGAUAAGGAAAUAGAUAUGAAGGAAAAAAGACAUGUGAACAAUUCGAAUAAUAUAAUAAACAAUGUGAAUGUAGUCCAUCUUUUUAUUUUAUUGAAUAAAAGAGCAAAUGAAUGCUUAAAUAGGAAAAGGGUUGAAUAUUUUCAUGUUGAGAAGAUCCAUUUAAAUAUUGAAAGGUAUACAUAUAAAAACAAAUGGAAUUAUAUCAGAAAGUUGGAAAAAUUUUUAAAGCAAUAUCAACAUAUGAUUAAGGUUAUGUGUGAAAUAUUAAGUGAAUCAAAAUAUGUAGAUAGAAAUGAAAUCAAUUUAAGAAAAUGUGUAGAUCAAUGGUGGAAAAAUAGGUAUUUAUUAGAGCAGCAUUUGAAAAUCUUGAAUCUGGAUAUAUCAAAUAGUUUAGGUUUUUCUAUACAUAAAUUAAUGUCAAUUCCUUUAAUUAAUAUAAUAACAAAAUGGAACAUUAUGGAGGAUAAAUCGAUGAAAAAUUAUACAGCACAAGAUGAUAAUAAUAAUGAAAACUAUAAUGAUAAUGAAAAUUAUAAUGAUAAUGAAAAUAAUUAUUAUUGUGAUACAUUUGAAGACGAAAAAAAUAAUAUUUCCACAUUGAAUAAUUCAAAAAAUGACGAAGAAAAUUAUGUACAUAACACCAUAUCACCUUUAAAUAAUCAGUUAUAUUACUUAAAAGCUAAUUUUGAUAUUUUUAUUUAUAUUUUUUAUUUUCAUCAAAUUUUGAGGAUCCUAAGAUGGUUAAGAAAAUGGAAUAAAUUUAUUCUUCCACUAAAAUACUGGAGUGGAAUUGACUAUAUAAAUGUCCUUAUAAAUUUAACCAUAUUUUCUGUAACAUUAAAAAAUUGUAAUCUCGAAAUUAUUAAUGUAAAAAAAAAAUAUUUGCAAAGAAUGUGUAAUUUGAAAAAAAGGAGAGAUGACAAAAAUGUGUCAAAGGAUCAUUUUUGUAAGGAGGAAAUAAUUAUACAAAAUGGAAAUAAAAAUGAUGACAUAAAUAAUGUAAAUAAAAAUAAAACGAAUUAUAAUAAUUAUAAUCAUAAUAUGAAACAGAAAAAUAUUGAUUUUUCUAAUGAUAUUUUAAGUAAAAAUGAGAUCGAAUAUUCUGAUUAUAUUAUUGACCAAUAUAAUAUUUCAUAUUAUGAAAACUUUAUUAAUGAACAUAAUAUUAACAAGAAAGAUAAUAUCAUUAUUAAGAAUAACCGUAAUUCCUUAAAUAUCAACAAAACUAGCACGUCCUAUUUACCAUGUUACAAUAAAGAUAUUGAAGAUAUUCUUAUUUUUAAAAAAAUUAUUGAAAAGAAAAAGGAAAAAGAACCAACGGAUACAAAAAAAGGAAAAAUUAGGGGAAGAAGACAUACAUACUGUGAACAAAAUAUAUAUUCCGUAGAAGAAUAUGGGGAAAAUAAUAUAUAUCUUAGACCUAACAUGAAUCCUAAUAUUAAGAAUCAUGUACUAAAGAACAAUACUAAUAAUUCAAAAUACACAAAUUGUAAUAUUCCAAUAAAUUGUAUUAACUCAUGUAAUAAUAAUAAUAUUGAAAAUUAUGAUGAACUUGAAGAAAAAAAAAAAAAAAAAAAAAAUUCAUCUAGUAUAACAAGUAAUACAAAAAUGAAUAUAAAAAAAAAAACUCAUAAUUUCAAUAAUAAUAAUGUUUAUGAAUAUUUGAACCCAUUGAAAAAUACAAAUAAUUCUGAAUGCGAAAUAAAUGAAAAUUAUAAAUUAGUGAAUAAAAAAAAAAAUAAUAAAAGAAAUACAAUAUCUGGUAUUUUCUUUGAUUAUGAUAUGAAACAAAGAUAUGAAGAAUUACCGGAGAAAAAUUUUUUGAAAUUUUUAGAUUUAAGAAAAAAAUGUGUUAAAGGAUUAUUGAGAUGCUCUUUUAUUAAAUUAAGGAUGUAUUUAUAUCAUAUAUUAAUAGAUGUUUUUGAGAAUGCAGAUAUAGAUCCAAUGAAUAUUUUUGACUUUUUUAAUAUUAUCACACAUUCAUUUAUUAAGGAUGUCUUAUUUUGUAAUCUUACAAUAGAUAAAACAAAUAAAGAUAAAUAUAUAUAUACAAGAAAUGUAGAAAAUAAUAGUGUAAGAAAAAAUCCUGUUAUUUUAUAUUUGCAUAGUAAUUUAAGUAGAAUAUCUUUAGAAAACUUGGAACCUUUAAAGGAUUCAUAUAUUGUAAGGGGUGUGAGUAAAAUGGUAACUACUUAUUUGUAUAAAAGGUUGGUAAAUAAGAUAAAGAGUGGUAAAAGUAUAGGUAAAAAAAAAAAAUAUAUUUAUGAUAAUAAGCAUGGCGAGGAUGAAUAUAAUAAUAAUGAUGAGGAUGGAUAUAAUAAUAAAGAUGAGGAUGAAUAUAAUAAUAAUGAUGAAGAUGAAUAUAAUAAUAAUGAUGAGUAUGAAUAUAAUAAUAAUGAUGAGGAUGAAUAUAAUAAUAAUGAUGAGGAUGAAUAUAAUAAUAAUGAUGAAGAUGAACAUAAUAAUAAUGAUGAGGAUGAAUAUAAUAAUAAUGUGGAUGAUAUGGAUAUGAAAAAAUAUAUAAAUUAUGAAUAUAAUAAAAAAUGGGAGAUCGAUUCAUCUGAAAAUGUGUGUGAUAAAAAAAAUGUGGCGCGUAGAGCGACAUAUAAUUCGACAACUUUGAAGGAUAUAAUUAAAAAUAUAAAUAUUAAUAAUAAUAAUAAUAAUAAUAAUAAUAAUAAUAGUAGUAGUAGUAGUAUGAUUAUGACGAAGAAUGAUAUUAUGAAGGAUAAUCCAAAUGGUAAUUAUAACAUUUCCAAUUUAUACGCUAACAAGAAUUCGUUUAAUAAGAACCAAGGUAAAACAUUUGAGAAUUCAAUAAAUAUGAAAAGAAAAAAUGAAAAAGAGGAAUUUGUUAUAAUCGAAGAUGAUGAUGCAAAUAAUAAUAAUAAUCUUCUAAAUAAUAAAAAAGGAGAUAAUAAUUACAAUUUAAUUGUUACAAAAGAAGAAGAAAAGAACCCAAUGUAUUCAAAUAAAAGUAAUAAUACAAAAGAAAAGAAAAAUCAUAAAAAAUCAAGAAAAAGCAUGAAUAUAGAAUAUUCCUUUAUAAAUCCUUUUAUUAAUAAAUAUAAGGAAAGAUCAAAAAAUAAAAGAAAUUUAACUUCAUGUAGUACACAAUUUUUAAGUGAUAAAGGAGAAGAAGAAAAAAAAAGAAAGGAUGAAUAUAAUAUGAGUGAAAAAGAAUAUAUAUUGGAUAGAAAUAAAAAAAAAAAAACUAUAAAAAAUAAUAAAAGUAUAAUUUCAAGUAAUAUAUCCAUAACACGUUCUUUAUCAAAUUCAUCAGAUUCAUCUGUAGAAUUAGUACAAAAUGAGGAUGAACUUAAGAAAAUAUUUAUGAAUGUUAGAAAUUCAUUAAAUUUUCAAAAUAUAAUGUCAAUUGAUAAUAAAGAAGAAUGUUGUGAUUAUCUUUAUUCUAAAAGAAAAAAUAGCAUAAGUGAAUCUGAAGCAUAUUUUGGUGAAAAAAAGAUAAAGCGUAUGAGUUCAUUUUUAAAAAUCUCGAAGAAGGAUAAAAGAAGAACAUAUUCAAAUGAAAGAGAAUAUGGAUCAAAAACAUACGAAGUUAAUGGUAUAAAAUAUGUACCAUAUUAUAUUAGUAGCCCAAGAAUAAUUGAUCCUUAUAAAAGUAAAAUAUUUUUUUUAAUUAAUCCUAAUGGUGAUUUAAAAAGGACUGAAGAUGCUAUUAUUCCAUUUAUAUAUCAUAAAAAUAAAGAAAAAUAUAAAUAUAAAAAUUGGGAUGGAUAUAUUGGUAAUGUACCAAAUGAAAAUAUUUUAAUAGAUCAUUUAUGUAAUGAUGAUUUAUUUUUGUAUUGUGGACACCAAGGUGCAGAACAAUAUAUGAAAAAAGAAAACAUUAAAAAUGGAUUACCUAGUCUAGAAUUCAUUAUAGAUUAUAUUGUUGAAAAGAAAAUUAUAAAUUUGAAAAAGUAUCCUAAAAUAAAGGAAGUAAUAAAUUUAUAUACUAAUAAAUAUAAUAAUAAAAAAAAUCAACAAGUUGAAAAUAGUUCUAUUGCAAUACAAAAUAUAAAUCAAAGGAAGAGAAACUCUUCUACAUUUGCUUUAACAAAAAAUGAAAAGAACACACGUAAUUUUAUAAAAAAAGAUAUGAAAAGAAAAAAUAUAGGAUCUAUUAAUAAUAUAUUAGUUCAUUUAGAAAAUAUAAAACUAAGGAACACUACAAAAAAUAAGGAUAAUACUAGUGAUGAUAAUAAUGUUGAUGGAAAUAAUAUUGAUAAUAAUAAUAAUAAUAAUAAUUCAAAAAUAUAUAUAAGUCCACUUAGCAAAGGAUUAAAUUGUUGUACAUUCUUAAUAGGUUGUAGUUCUGGUCUUAUUUCAUCAUACGGUUUUGAUUUAGAUGCCUGGGGUACUGUUUAUGAUUAUAUAGUAGGAGGAUCUUUAUUUGUUUUUGGAAAUUUAUGGAAUGUAACUGACGGAGAAGUAGAUGGAUUUACACAGAACUUUUUAUGGAAAUGGACACAACCAAAUUCUUCUUCUUUAUUUCAAUCAAAAUUCAUAUAUAAUGAAAAAUUACCAUCUUUGAAUUUAAGCUUUAGUUUCUUUUUAGAAUUAUUUUUAAAAAAUAUGAAAAAUAAUCAAAAUAUAAAAAAUUAUCAAAAUAUAAAAAAUAUUGAAAAAUUAUUUAAUAACAAUAUAAAUUUACUAAAAUUAGAUAUGGAUAUUGGUGACAAUUUUAUUACUGUACCUAUGAAUAUCUAUAAAUUUAUAAUAAAAAAUAAAUUUUUCUAUAUAUAUUUCACAGAUUAUUAUAAUACGAAUAUUUUUGUAAAUAAAAACCUUUAUUAUAUUAAUCAAAAUAAGAAAUAUAUGUGGUUAAGUAUAACAGAAGCCUUAACAGAAGCUAAGCAAUAUUGUCGCCUACCCUACGGUACGGGUUCUGCAGGAGUUAUGUACGGUUUGCCCAUAUAG